CUCGUCCCUUUCUCGCUCGCCUUCCCCGGCUUUCCUUUUUUAUUUGCCAAGCUCCCCCUUCCUCCCCCCACGAAUUCUUCCAUCACGCGAGAUGGAUCCCGGCGCGGGGGGCUCCGUCUCCGCACCACCGCCUCCUGCGACAAGCCCAGGUGUGGAGGCAAAGGAGGUGGUGAAGAGCGGUGGCAAGCAAGUGGUCGUGGUCCUGGUGGGCCCACCGGGAAGCGGCAAGUCCACGUUCGCUGAGGCCGUCCUAGGUGGCUCCGCCGCCUGCCGCCCGUGGGUUCGCGUCUGCCAGGAUAUAAUUGGAAACGGCAAAGCUGGGACAAAAAUACAGUGCUUGAAGGCAUUGGCGGACGCUUUGAAGGAGGGCAAGAGUGUUCUCAUUGACCGCUGCAACUUGGAACGUAAGCAGCGCGCUGAUUUUGUGAAGCUUGGCAGCACCAUGCAUGCGGAUGUGCAUGCCAUUGCCCUGGAUCUCCCUGCAAAGGUUUGUAUCUCACGUGCAGUGAGCCGAACAGGCCAUGAAGGGAAUCUGCAGGGUGGAAAAGCUGCACUUGUUGUGAACCGCAUGCUGCAGAAGAAGGAGACACCCUUGCUUACUGAAGGUUUCAGUCGGAUCAUGUUCUGUAAUGAUGAUGGUGACAUUAAAAAGGCAGUUGAUAUGUAUAAUGGAUUAGGGCCUUUAGAUAGUCUUGCAUCAGGAGUUUUUGGUCAGAAGAGCAAAGGACCUAUACAAAUUGGUAUAAUGAAGUUUCUAAAGAAGGCUGGUACUUCCAGUGUUGAGAAAUCCAGUGGACCUAAGCUUACAUUCAGUGAAAGGAAGCCAGGGCAGCAAAAUCCUUUGCCAGAACAGGAAAAGGUUGAAGCUGGGUUUGCCUGCUCAAUGGAAGUUAAGGAGUUGAAUGUCAAGAAGGAAAAUGAAGGGCAAGCUAAAGAAAGUAGUGCUAAUGACAUCGGUUCUCACACUCUGGCAUUUCCAUCUAUUUCUACUGCUGACUUCCAGUUCGAUCUUGACAGAGCUUCCGACAUUAUAGUAGAAACAGCUGCUGAUUUCUUGCAGAAGUUUGAUAAUAUAAGACUAGUUCUUGUAGACCUGAGCAAGAAAUCGAGAAUAUUGUCACUGGUCAAGGACAAGGCUGCUAAGAAGAGCAUUGACUCCAGGAGGUUUUUCACAUUUGUGGGAGAUAUCACUCAAUUGCGCUCGAAAGGAGGUCUUCAGUGCAAUGUGAUUGCUAAUGCUGCUAACUGGAGGUUAAAACCUGGAGGUGGAGGGGUUAAUGCGGCAAUAUUCGAUGCUGCUGGAGAAGCUUUACAACACGCAACCAAAGAAUGUGCUGACACAUUGAGACCUGGGAGCUCUGUUGUUGUUCCAGUUCCAUUGACUUCUCCUCUGCAUCAAUGGGAAGGCGUGACCCAUGUGAUACAUGUGCUCGGGCCAAACAUGAACCCAAUGCGACCAGAUUAUCUGAAGAAUGACUAUACUGAAGGGUGUAAGAUUCUUCAUGAAGCAUAUAAUUCUCUUUUUGAGAACUUUGCAUCUGUUGUCCAGAGCGACAUGAUGGGGAACCAGAACAAUGGAUGUAUAGCAGACAAGUCAGCAUCUGGAGCAACAACACCCAGUGAUUCAAAAAUGAAGAGAGAAGACAGCCAUGAAUCUGUAAGGAUGAAAAAACACAAGUUGCUUCAACCUAUUCUGACCUCAAAGCAACAACAUAAGUGCCCAGGGGCUAACGCACCAAACUACCAUGAAAACUCCAUGGGAUCAUCUGAUGCUCCAAACCAAGCUACAGAGGCAGACAACAAGAAGAGUGGUGUGGUUGCCAGUAAAAGUUGGGGAUCUUGGGCCCAGGCUCUAUAUGAACUUGCCAUGCACCCGGAAAAAUAUAAGAACUCAGAUUCUAUCCUGGAGAUAUCUUCUGAAUUUGUUGUUCUGAAAGAUCUUUAUCCAAAGGCCAAAAAGCAUGUCCUGGUGAUAUCUAGGACGAAUGGUCUUGACUCGUUAGCAGAUGCCAAGAAAGAACACUUGCCUUUGCUGAGGAGGAUGUAUUCAACUGGGGUGAAGUGGGCGCAGAAGUUCUUAGAGGAAGACGCAUCUUUGGUAUUCAGGCUUGGAUACCAUUCGGUUCCAUCUAUGCGGCAAUUGCACCUUCACAUCAUUAGCCAGGAUUUCAAUUCGGCGAGCUUGAAAAACAAGAAACACUGGAACUCCUUUACCACUGUGUUUUUCCGUGAUUCUGUCGAUGUCAUUGAAGAGAUCGAACAACAUGGAUCAGCAAUCACCAGCAGUGAUGACAAGGUGCUCGCAAUGGAGCUUCGGUGCCACAGAUGUAGGAGCGCGCAUCCAAACAUCCCAAAGUUAAAAUCCCACAUUGCGAACUGUAAAUCCCCAUUCCCUUCCCAUCUUCUGCAGAAAAACAGGCUGCUGUUGUCGUCGACAAUGCAUACGGAUUGCAGUUAGAACUUAGAACUCGUAACCGAUGGUCCAUUUUGUAUAUCGUGCUUUUGUAAGGAUAGGCUUGAUCAAGGUUUUCUGUUUUUUUGUCUUAUUGUAAACUGCAUUUUACGUAAACUAUUUCUAGUAUAUCCGAGUCCAGUUAUCAUUGUA